AUGGCGGAUUUGGGGGGCCAGCGUAGCCGGAAUUACCGGCCUCACGGACCCGCCUCGUCCACGCAGCGGGAUGCAGCGUAUUCUGACAUCUUUGGCGGCGCGCCACCUGCAGGGCGCUCCCAGACGAUGAAUUCGCAGACGCCGCAUUUUUCCCAGGGUCGCGCUCACACCAUGUCAUCGCAUGUUGUACAACCCCAAUUUCAGAGACAGCCACCGCCGCCAACACGGCAAAUGCCAAAUGGACACGGGCCGCUCUCAGGACCACCAAAUGGAUAUCCUCCACCUCAGGCAUCUGGGCAGUAUCAGGCCUACAGUCCGGGCGCCUCGGCAACCAUGUCUUCACAUAUGCCUCCUCGACCCCUCCCUGGUGGUCAACAACGCUUUGCUGCUUAUCCUCGACCUCAACGCCUCGAGUCAAGGCCAAGCCCUGCUCCGCAAUACCCAGAGGCUAGAGAUUUCAACCGCCCUCUGCCUCCUCCUGCGCUCAAUUCCGACUCAACCCGGUCAAGAUCAAUGGCAAAACUGAGCGGGCCGCCUUAUCACAACCCGCCAAGUAACUUCAAUCACACCUCCGCGACUGCCUCCCGGCGUGAACAAUAUCAUGCUGGAUCCCAUGUCACUCAGCUCGGGCGUCCUGUCCCUGAGAAGCAUGCGAACGAACGAGCUAUGUCUCUGACAUCCUGGUCAAGUGAUCGUGAUCCGCACAUUAUGAACAGUGGGAGGUCAAUUCCUUACCGCAGACCUCCGUCAGGCCACGAUCAGCAGUUUACAAUGAGGCAUGAUUCGCUAAUGCAGCCUAAUCCUGACGAGUUUGUCACGCCUCGUCAGCCAAGUGAUGCAUCGCAAAGAUCUCGGACUAUGUCAAUGGCAUCCACUGCUGCGCCUGAUCGGGCGAUGAGCGUCCAAAGUCAAGCUACACAAGGAUCCUCUGGGAAAACAACCCUUGUUGCCAGGGACUCGCAGCGCAAGGUUCCCGUGGUCUAUCCUGCGAUGCUUUCUCUUGUCGCAGAGGUUUUCAGGGAAAAGAUUUCGCUCGGUGAACGGCAGAAGAACGGUCUCUCCUACCAGAAUGCAUUCUCCGGUACCGAUUCGGUGGAUUUAAUUGCUUCCAUUAUCAGAACAAACGAUCGCAACCUUGCCCUUUUGCUCGGCCGUGCGCUGGAUGCGCAGAAGUUUUUCCAUGACGUUACCUAUGAUCACCGUCUCCGAGAUGCUCCCGGAGAGGUAUAUCAGUUCAAAGAAACCAUGGGAGAAGAUAAGUCAACAAUCGAAGUCAAUGGUGUGUUCACUCUCUUAACGGAAUGUUACUCUCCGACUUGCAACCGAGAUACCCUCUGCUAUUCGAUUGCUUGCCCACGACGGCUCGAGCAACAAGCCAGAUUGAAUAUAAAACCUCAGCCGGUACUAGGAACAUCGGAAUCCAAGACUGCUUUGCCUCCUGAUGACGACGAUGACAAUGAUAAUCAAAAGCUCUGGAUUAGUACAGUCCCGAAGGAGGUUUCAGACUCUGUUGACGAUCAUGAGAAGAAACGACAGGAAAUCAUCUUCGAGGUUAUGUACACGGAACGUGAUUUCGUCAAGGACCUGGAAUAUCUGCGCGAUUUCUGGAUGCGACCAUUGCGCGCUGCUGGCACCGCCACUCAAUCGCCGAUCCCGGAACAUCGGCGUGAGAAAUUCAUCCGAACUGUCUUUGGCAAUUGCUUAGAAGUCCUCAAGGUCAAUAGUGCCCUGUGUGAGGCAUUGAAUGCUCGACAAAAAGAGAGUCAAGUCGUCCAAACCAUUGGUGAUAUCUUCUGCCAACAUGUCCCCAAUUUCGAUCCGUUCAUCAAAUACGGCGCCAAUCAACUUUACGGAAAGUACGAGUUUGAGAAGGAGAAAGCAUCAAAUCCCGCAUUUGCCAAAUUUGUUGAAGACACAGAGCGUCUCAAGGAGUCUCGAAAGCUCGAACUGAAUGGUUAUUUGACGAAACCUACAACUCGUCUUGCAAGAUACCCUCUUUUGCUCGAAGGUGUUGCCAAAAACACUGCAGAUGGCAAUCCUGACAAAGAAGAUAUCCCGAAGGCCGUCAAGCUAAUUAAAGAUUUCCUUUCGCGUGUCAAUGCCGAAAGUGGAAAAGCAGAGAACCAUUUCAACCUGGUCCAACUAAACGCUGCGCUGAAGUUCAACGUCGCGGAUUAUGUCGAUUUGAAGCUUACAGAAGAAAAUCGACAAAUGCUCAUGAAGAUGUCAUUUAAGAAGACAACGGCGGAUAGCUCCGAUGUCACUGCAUAUCUCUUUGAUCACGCUGUCCUGCUUGUUCGCGUCAAAAUGGUGAACAAGCGCGAGGAAUCUCGAGUCUACAGGAAGCCCAUUCCUUUGGAGCUGUUGGUAAUCGCCCAGAUGGAAGAGGUCAUCCCACGGCUAGGCAUUGCCAAACGACCUUCAUCCAGUCUCCUUUCCAAUAAGCCUGUCGUCAACAAUCCUCCUCCUGCCAAAGAUGGUGGACUGCCAAUCACUUUCCGCCAUCUUGGCAAAGGUGGCUACGAGCAGACUCUAUAUGCCACAAAUGCCGCCACCCGACGAAAAUUCAUUGAAGCGGUAGAAGCUCAACAACACAAACUGUGGGAACGCAACAGCAAUUUCUACAACAAGACGAUUCUGAGCGAGAAUUUCUUCGCGGCGGUCAACCGGAUCAACUGUCUUGUUCCCAUUGACGGAGGUCGAAAAUUGGUCUACGGGACUGAUAAUGGCAUCUUUGUGUCAGAACGAUGGCCCAAAGACAAAACAGCUAAACCAAGAAAGGUUCUAGAAGCUACUCAAGUCACUCAGAUUGAUACUCUAGAAGAGUACCAACUGCUAUUGGUUCUGGCAAACAAAACACUUUCUUCGUAUCCCAUGGACGCUCUUGAUCUGACAGAGGGCCAAAACACCAUGGCCAAACGCCCCAAGAAGAUUCAGGGUCAUGCCAACUUUUUCAAGGCAGGCAUUGGUCUUGGUCGCCAUCUGGUUUGCUCGGUCAAGACAUCAGCGCUAUCAAGUACAAUCAAGGUCUACGAGCCUAUGGACAAUCUAGCCAAGGGCAAGAAAAAGUCUGCUGUCAGCAAAAUGUUCCAAGGUGGCCAGGAUACCCUUAAGCCAUUCAAGGAAUACUAUAUACCUGCUGAGUCCUCUUCGAUUCAUUUCCUGCGUUCUACUUUGUGCGUUGGCUGUGCGCGUGGCUUUGAGGUGGUCAGUCUAGAAACGACAGAGACGCAAUCUCUACUUGACCAGGCCGACACGUCCCUUGACUUCGUUGCACGGAAAGAGAAUGUUAAGCCCAUCCAUAUUGAGCGCAUGAACGGCGAAUUCCUACUUAACUACAGUGAUUUCUCAUUCUUCGUCAACCGCAACGGAUGGCGAGCCCGUCCGGACUGGAAGAUCGCCUGGGAGGGCAACCCGAACUCAUUCGCCCUGUCAUACCCUUACAUUUUGGCGUUUGAGCCCAACUUUGUUGAGAUCCGACACGUUGAGACAAGUGAAUUGACACACCUCAUGACCGGCAAGAACAUUCGUAUGCUGCACAGCUCCACCCGCGAGAUUAUCUACGCCUAUGAAGAUGAGCAAGGCUAUGACACUGUGGCCAGCUUAGACUUCUGGACCAACAAGCCACAGCAAGCUGUGUAA